AUCCGUCAACUAGAGGGGGUGGGAGACUGUUUUUAAACCAUUCUUGUACAUCACUUCGAUAAGCUACAGUUACUGUAAACCUAUGUGUAUAUUAAAAUCCCACUCACUUGACAUUCCAACUACGUUCGAACUGUCAUUCAAAACGAAAAUAUAUGAGUAGGUUCUUUAUUCAUCGCAGGCUAUUUUGGGCAAGAGGCUUCCGUUGUCGACUGGGAGCCGGAGAUAUGUGUGUGUGACAGCCGGCGAUGAAGAAACCAGAAUGUACGCGGAAUGACUAAAAGAGUUGAAGGAAAAUAAUCGAACCGGUUCAAAGGCAACAAUCUGAACUUCUUUAAAGAAAUUCAGCUUGAACAUUUAAGCCUGUGGGCACCGUUGGAAAGACUGCCACCAUGGUGCAGAAAUAUCAGUCCCCUGUUCGGGUCUACAAGCACCCCUUCGAGCUGGUGAUGGCGGCCUACGAGAGGAGGUUCCCCACAUGCCCGCUCAUCCCCAUGUUCGUGGGCAGCGACGUGAUGGACGAGCAGGCCAGCGAAGACGGGGCCACUCACAGGAUAGAGCGCCGCUGCAAACUGGACGUGGACGCCCCCCGUCUGCUCAAAAGGAUCGCCGGGGUGGACUACGUGUACUUCAUCCAGAAGAACAGUCUGGACCGCCGGGAGAGGACGCUGCACAUCGAGUCUCACAACGAGACCUUCUCCAACCGGGUGAUCAUCCACGAGCUGUGCUGCUACUCGGUUCACCCCGACAAUGAGGAGUGGACGUGUUUCGAGCAGUCGGCCAGCCUGGACAUCAAGUCCUUCUUCGGCUUCGAGAGCACCGUGGAGAAGAUCGCCAUGAAGCAGUACGCCAGCAGCAUCAAAAAGGGUAAGGAGAUCAUCGAGUAUUAUCUGAAGGAACUGGACGAGGAGGGGGUGACCCACUUGCCCCGCUGGUCCCCUGCUCCGGACUGCCCCGCCCAGCCCUGCGUCACUGCCCGACCCGAACUGCCCGUCACCCCUGCCAUUGCCAUCCCGGCAGCCAGUGCCAAAGACACGCAGUCCACGCAGUCCAACAAGGACAACACCAGCCUGGCAGAGAGCCUGAACGAGCCUCUCGCCGGAACCCCCGAUGACAAACUGGACGCUGACUAUAUUCAUCGCUACCUGGGAGACCUGACGCCGCUACAGGAGAGCUGCCUGAUCCGCCUGCGUCAGUGGCUGCAGGAAACGCACAAGGGCAAGAUCCCCAAAGACGAGCACAUCCUGCGCUUCCUGCGCGCGCGGGACUUCAACAUGGACAAGGCGCGCGAGAUCCUGUGCCAGUCGCUCACCUGGAGGAAGCAGCACCAGGUGGACUACCUGCUGGAGACCUGGAACUCCCCGCAGGUGCUCAACGACUACUACACCGGCGGCUGGCACCACCACGACAAAGACGGACGUCCUCUCUACAUCCUGCGUCUGGGACAGAUGGACACGAAGGGGCUGGUGCGAGCCCUGGGGGAGGAGUCUCUGCUCCGACACGUGCUGUCCAUCAACGAGGAGGGCCUGAGGCGCUGCGAGGAGAACACCAAAGUCUUCGGCCGGCCAAUCAGCUGCUGGACGUGUCUGGUGGACCUGGAGGGGCUGAACAUGAGGCACCUGUGGAGGCCCGGAGUGAAGGCCCUGCUGCGCAUCAUCGAGGUGGUGGAGGCCAACUACCCCGAGACCCUGGGGCGACUGCUCAUCCUGCGAGCGCCCCGAGUCUUCCCCGUGCUCUGGACCCUGGUCAGUCCCUUCAUCGACGAGAACACCCGAAAAAAGUUCCUCAUCUACGCCGGCAACGACUACCAAGGGCCCGGAGGGCUGGUGGACUACAUCGAUAAAGAGGUCAUCCCCGACUUCCUGGGAGGAGACUGCAUGUGUGAGGUUCCAGAGGGAGGACUCGUGCCCAAGUCUCUGUAUAGGACUGCUGAGGAGCUGGAGAACGAGGACAUCCGUCUGUGGACUGAGACCAUCUACCAGAGCGCCAGCGUCUUCAAGGGAGCGCCGCACGAGCUGCUGAUCGAGAUCAUCGACGCCUCCUCGGUCAUCACCUGGGACUUUGACGUGUGUAAGGGCGACAUCAUCUUCAACAUCUUCCACUCCAAGAGGGCGCCCCAGCCCCCCAAGAAGGACACGCUGGGGGCCCACGGCAUCACCUCGCCAGGGGGCAACAACGUGCAGCUCAUCGAUAAGUCCUGGAUGCUGGGACAGGACUACAGCAUGGUGGAGUCUCCCCUCAUCUGCAAGGAGGGAGAGAGUGUGCAGGGCUCCCAUGUGACCCGGUGGCCGGGGUUCUACAUCCUGCAGUGGCGGUUCCACAGCAUGCCGGCGUGCGCCACCACGAACCUGCCCCGCGUGGACGAUGUGCUGGCCACCCUGCAGGUCUCCUCGCACAAGUGCAAAGUCAUGUACUACACCGAGGUGCUGGGCUCAGAGGACUUCAGAAACGCUUGCUGCAAUGUGCAGGGAUUGGGCUCGAUGACCAGUCUGGAGUCCAGCCACAGCGGCUUCUCCCAGCUCAGCGCCGCCACCACAUCGUCCAGCCAAUCGCAGUCCAGCUCCAUGAUCUCCAGGUAGUGUCCCGGGACCCGCCAGGAGGAAAAGCGGCGGACCCUGGGAAGGAAUCCGUGCGGGAAUACCUCACACUCCUCACACAGCGACCUCCUCCACAGUCCUGAUACUGUACUCCCCCGUCUCCAGCUCCAGCACCCUGCACAGCACAAGAGAAAGGCAUAUUUGCUGAGGAAAAAAAAAAACAAGAAAAAAGAAAAGAAAAAAAACUGAAUUCUUAUUCAAAGGGCUCUGUUUCACAUCAGGUCUUCAGCACCAGCAGGCAACGGGGAAAGAGUCUGCACAUUAACAAAACACUUCUGACUUAACCGAGUUUGCUGAAAGUGGUGUACUUUUCCCUGGACAAAGCAAUUUGGUAACUCGUAUGGAGGGUUUUGGAACACGAUGUUAAAACUAUUUUAUCCCCACAGUACAUAGACAAGGACAAGUUCACACCCAUAUGCACAUGCGUGCACACACACACACACACACACACACACAGAGACACACACAUGCGCGCACGCACCCGGACACAUCUGCACACGGUUAUUUUUUUGGUGAAAUGUUUAUAGGUCAAGUUUGGGGGAACACCAAGCGUCUGCCAGAAGCAAUAAAUUAAAUUGUAUUUCUACUGUUUAUAUUUAUAGAGGAUGUGUAUGGAGGCACGUCCUCAGCGUGUGGUCUACUUCACAGAGCUACUUGAGAGGUUUGCAGACAACCACAGCAGCAACCUGCCAUUUGCUCUGGGGUUUGUCACCAGAGGCUUGCUCUUGCACAAAAUGGCGGUUAGAUAUCAAUAAGACAGCAGUCUGUACUGGAGUGAGCUUGAAGUAUUAUAUCUGUGAAUCUUACGCUCAUGGAAAUGCCUUUUGAACUGAUGUUGAAUGUGCUACCGAUCUCAGUCCAGCUGACUGGUCGAUCGUUGCCAGAACUGGAAGCAUGAUAAUAAUAAUUAGCCGAUUUGAUUUAAUAGGUCAGACUUUUGGAGUGUUAUGAAUUGUUAAAAAGGUGUGAUUGCAUUGUGUGUGGUGAUUUGCAUUGUUGCUAAGAUGCCAUAUGUAAAUGGGUGUUGUUGGUGGGGUUUGUGUGUUAUUUAGCAUUCUAAUGAGGGAGGCACUCCGGGUGAGCGGGGCUACUGUGGUGCCUCACAGUAGGCUCUCAUAGGGAGAGUUUGGGUAGGAUGAAGAGUUGCCAUUUGUAAUAAUUUAGCCCAGGUAAGUAGGCUAACUGAGGGGGCCACUCAGUGCUUAUAUGGUCCACCUCACUGUUGGUCUGGUGGUUUAGUGAUCUGGGGCAGGUACAGUGUGCUCCGCCCCUUCCCUGGCCUAUGUGUGAUACAUGCCAUCUCAAUUGCCUUCAUCCCCAGCUUUCACACAGUUUCUCAACACAUUUCAAGAAAAAUGCAGCGGCGACAAGAGGCCAUGGCACUUCAAGUUCGGGACAUUUGCCCUGCACUUUUUCGAAAGCACAAAAUAUCAGUAACGUUCAAAUUGCUAACUGGAGAAGCGGCCAUUUCGGCCCCCUGUCCUCUUUUAAACUGCCAUUUUCCGAGAGGAGUGGUGUUUUCAGCCUCAGGUGGUCAGUGGAGACGCGGGAGGUUUGGCAGGGCGGUCUCGGGUCCGGUCGUUUCGACCGCGCCGCCGCUCCAGCCCCCAAAACCAGCGUGGUCGUGGUGCCACCCUGCAGCCAAUCAGAGAAGAGCCCAAAAAGCUCAGCGCUCACACUCCGCCAACCAGGCGAAGGCCACGAGUUUUUUUUUGAAAGUGCUUUUUCACAAGAUGUUUUUUAAACGGUGAACUCCACUUUAAAGUGAACAUUUGUACAGAUUAUUGCAAUAACUAAUGAUGCGUUACAAACAAAACUAACAGUGUAGAUAGACUCCCCUCUCCAGGGAUUGAUCCUGUUGCAGGCUGUCCGCGGGCAAGAGUUUCUCAUCUACAUUUCAGUCGUUCGUGUACGAGGAGCAGCAUAUUAACUCGUCUCCGGUGUCCUUUUGAACCCCGCCUCUCGAUGCGGCAUGCUAAUCGCUAGAUGCACCCCUUUGCUUCUCCCUCAGAGGUGACCCUGGACCCUGGUGGAAGGGCACACAACCUGCUCAGCAUGAGUAUGUACCCCACUUGUUGUCUUUGGAAUGGAGUCUGUUCCCCCCCCCCCCCCCCCCCCUUACUCAUCUCAUGAUCUUUUAGACUGGUUGUGUCAGGAAAGGAUUUUAAUAUUUCUGAAGGGGAGGGCGCACGUCUCUUUACUAACCGGCCCCACAGCUGUGCGUCGAGUGGCGGUGUUGCCGAUGAAGUGAUAAUUCGGCGCAUUAACAGAUGACAUGUUUGUAUAUAUAUUAAAACCAGCUUCUGUAAAUGUCCUCGUCUUUCAUGUGAGGGCUCCCUGUGUCCUCUCUUCAGUUUCUGUGCUAACUCUCAGCCUGUCCGCCUCCCUCUAUGAGGUCGCAUAUCUUAUUCUGAGAAUUUACCUGUAAAAAAAAUGUUUGAAUUAAUAUACACAAAAAAAAUAGCACCUUUAAAGUUUUCAAAACUAUUAAACUUGAACUCAAAGGAAAAA